UUUAAAUAUUCCAUUCUUGUUUGUGUUUGUGAGGAACAGAGCAACACAGUUUUCAAUGGUUUCAAUGUUCAAAAUUAUUGUGCGUCUCCAGAUUAUUUUCUGGUGUAGAUGGAGAAUUCACAGCCUGCAGUCACAAGUGGGCUGAGAAGCACAGUGCGAAAAGUCCAGUACAGCCAAGGAACCCUCGACAUGCUGAACUUGAUGAUGCAAGAAAAGCAUCUCACUGUCCGUCAAAAGCAACAGAUAAACAAAUGCCUCAAGAGUGGCGCAGCGCUACCACGUGAGACAGUCGCUCCUUCAGUUCCUCCUCAACCGAAACCCACUAAACGCGCGAAGACGCGGCCUCAGGCGAAGCGCAGCGCGGCAGCGUGUCGCCGCUGGGUCACAUCUACGGAAGAGCCUCCGCCACUUCCUGCUCCUCGGAACUGGGAGGAGGAGAAACUUCGGCUUCAAACCAUCUUCCAGGCGGGAAAAGAAGCGCCACGUCGUGUUGCUCAGAUGAGGCCAGAAGUGAGCGGUGAACGCGUGAGGAUUGAGGAAGUUCUGGACGCAGUCCAGGAGCGGAGGCAGUUCCUGGCAGACAUGGCGGCUCUGGGGCAGGAGCAGCGCUACAGCCACAUCAUCAACAAGCAGAUCGCGCAGAAACUACGCGAACUGAAAAUGUUGGAAAAAGAAGACAGACUGAAAUAAAGAUGGGAUGAACCUGAAGAUUCCUGUGGGACCACGACUGCGCCAGAGAGACGACGGUUUAUUUAUUUUUGUUUUAUUUUUUCAUUGUGAGUAACACAUACAUUAUUUUGGAGAUCACCGAUAUGUCUUUUUUUUCUUUUAUUUGUGACAGAUAAUCCAAUUAAAAUUAAUCAUCCGCUCCUCAUGGCUUCGUAGUGACAUGAAAUCAGUUUAAAUCACAUUUUUAUAUUAUUUGUUUUAUUUUAUUUAUCUUUGGUGGUUAUAUAUACACUCGUCCUCAAAAUAAUUUAUACCCAAGCUAACUUUUUU